GAAAUUCAACACCCGAGCCGCGGUGGGGAGGCUUUGCUUUGCUUUGGGGUUGGCUGCUCGCUCCGCUCCAAAGCCAGAAGCUCUCGCCUUUCAGCGCCGAAUCCCUGCGCUUAUUGCCACUCAGGACGCUGCAAAGAGCAAUCUGAAAUCUCCUCGCCGCACCGCCACCACCGCCACCCUCCCCCGCCUCACCUCGCCCCCUUGCUAAGCCUUUAGUCUUCUUGGAGGUGCUGCCUCUUCCCCAGUUCCGACGGCUCUUCCUUUGCUGCCUGCCUUCCAUCGCCAAGGUCUCCUCGCUGACGGAUCUCCCCAAGUCCAAUUGCAAGCAAGUCGAGCGCAGCAACUUUUGUAAACGAAUAAACAAACAAAGGCAAUCUUCUCCAAACCACAAAGGCACACACAGACACACACACAGGACGUUCUUUUCCGAGCCACGCGUGAACUUCCCUCUCCCGUGGAGUGUAAGCUAUGUGGAAGAAACGCUAAAAGGGAAGCGGGCGCUGGGCAAAAGCCAAAAAGAAGCGACUCCCAGGUUCCGGAGGUCGUUUUCAUGGACAGUACUUGAACCCUAAGAGGUCCGGGAGAGUUUGGCUUCUGAUUUCGGUUAGAACUUCGCUGCUCGGACAAAUGCAGACAAAUGCAUUUAGGAGCUCAAAGGACAAGGAGUGGAAGCAUCUCUCCCACGGCACAAACGAAGACCCUUAUCCUUCUUACACUAUGUAUAGCUGUGGGUUGUGUGCAAAGACAGCAAGAAGGCAUAGAUGUUCUCCAUCGUUUAGGCCUAAGUGGGCAAGCUAUGCAUCAUCCAACAACAGGGUCUACGAUACACUUGUCACAUGCUUCAUCACCUCAAGGGAUUCAACUAACUGCAUUUGGAGUUCUUUUAUCCACUCAGACGGCCAUUGAAGUUCCCAUCUCUCAAGUGGGAGCAGCAGCCUUCGGUUCCAAUUUUGCCAUAGUAAUUAGCUUAUGCUCUUACAGAGUAAACAAUGCCUUUCUUUUCAGUAUUAGGAAUAAAAAUAGACUCCAGUUUGGUAUACAGCUGCUACCAAGGAAGAUAAUGGUGCACACUGGAGGGAAGCACUCUGUAUACUUUGAUUAUCGGGUUCACGACGAGCAGUGGCACACAUUUGCUAUUGAUGUUACAGAAAAAUCGGUCUCCCUAUUUACUCAAUGUGGAAGGAAACACUUCAGCAAGGAGAUUCUUUCCAAAGUACAGUUUGAUUCACAUAGCUUAUUUACCUUAGGAAGAAUGAACCCCCAGUCAGUCAACUUUGAAGGUGUGUUAUGUCAGCUGGAUAUUAUCCCCUCUGCACAAGCCUUGACAAACUAUUGUAAAUAUGUGAAACUACAGUGUCGCCAAGCUGAUACAUACCGAUCUCAUACAAUUUCUCCAAGCGUGGUAGACUCAAGCAAGCUGUUGGACGAAGUAACUCAACCAUUAAACAAAAGAAAAGGUACACUAAAUCUUCCUAUCAGUAAGUCAGCAUCGGUCAAAGAUCCUCAAGAAUUGAUGGAGACAACUUCUUCCUUGACUCCUCUUUCCUUAGGGAAUAUUACUGCCUUGUCAGAACCAAAUGACGAGCAAAUUGUGAAUGUCUCCAAAGAACAUCAACAUUAUGUUAGCAAAAGGAAAGGGGAUUCCUUGCCUCUAACAAAAUUAACUUUAAAUCAUACAGACCCUGUGAAACAAAAUAUAAAAAGAAAAGCGAAUUCCAAUUUGCUGUUUUCCAUAAAGCAGCCUAAAGACAAACAUAUGAUGAAAAAUACAUCAAAGCCAUAUUUAUAUGAACGAAUGGAUAUGCAUCAGUUUUUAAAUACAACAUUGUAUGAGGAUUUUCAUUCCGAACCUUUAAUUAAUCGGUUUAGCUCAUGGGAUGAGCAUACAGUUCAGACUGAUGAGAUUUAUAAUGGAGAAGGCAACUAUGAAUUUGAUGCUGUUUAUUAUGACUAUGAUUAUGAAGAAUGGGAGAGACUACUUGACAUGGAAAAUCUUAAGGGGUCUAAAGGAGAUCCUGGACAGGUGGGACCCCCAGGCCUUCCAGGAUUACCUGGCCCAGCAGGAAAGCGAGGCCCAAGAGGUAUUCCAGGCCCACAUGGAAAUCCUGGGCUGCCAGGUUUGCCUGGUCCAAAGGGUCCUAAAGGUGAUCCAGGGUUUUCCCCAGGACGAGCAAAGCGUGGAGAAAAAGGUGAUGCAGGACUAACAGGGCUACCUGGCAUAGAGGGCCGCAAAGGUAAAAAG